UGAGAGAGAAACUUUUAUAGAGGAAGCAGGGAACUGUUCAACAAAUCAGCGCGUAUGGAGUAGCGUAUGCGCCGUAUCUGGAGUCGCUUACGAAAUUCGUGGGUCGUGUUCUGAAAUACCAUAUUGUAUGUAAAUAACAGUCGGAAGAUAAUGCCGUACAUUAUCGUCGUGGUCUUACCCAGCGGCAUUUGUGCGGCACGAUGAUACUCAGUGAACUGUCCACGCGACUAGUGAACACUCGCCCGUCUUUCGUUUUCAACGUGUUGAACGGAUAUACGCGACGACGAAAUAAUGUGCGGUGCUUACAUUUCACGUAUUACACGGACAAAAAAUCGUUCGCCGAUGGGCAAACUGAAAAGAUGAACAUGUAUCAAGCCAUAAACAAUGGACUUCGAUUGGUGCUGACGAAAGAUCCUACAGCAGUAAUAUUUGGAGAAGAUGUGGCUUUCGGAGGUGUUUUUCGAUGCACGGUCGGUCUUCAGAAGGAGUUCGGUAAAGAACGAGUUUUCAAUACACCCCUUUGCGAACAAGGCAUCGCCGGAUUUGGCAUCGGUUUAGCUACCUUUGGUGUGACUGCGAUCGCAGAGAUUCAAUUCGCUGAUUAUAUAUUUCCCGCUUUUGAUCAGUUGGUAAACGAAGCUGCCAAAGUGAGAUACCGUAGCGGCGGUGAAUUCGAUUGCGGCAAAUUGACUGUCCGGGCGCCCUGCGGUGCUGUCGGCCAUGGCGGACUCUAUCAUUCGCAAAGCCCGGAAGCAUAUUUUGCACAUACUCCAGGUUUAAAGGUCGUUAUGCCCCGCGGACCGAGCCAGGCCAAAGGUCUUCUGUUGAGCUGCAUAGAGGAGCCGGAUCCCUGCAUCAUCUUCGAGCCGAAAAUAUUGUACCGCACGGCGAUCGACGAGGUGCCGACAGCUCAUUACACGAUAGAGAUCGGCAAAGCUGACGUUGUCAGAGAAGGUGAUGCAGUGACACUCGUGGGCUGGGGCACUCAGGUGCACGUACUGCUGGAGGUGGCCGAUCUCGUCCAGGAGAAGCUCGGCGUAUCCUGCGAGGUGAUAGACCUCGUUUCUAUCCUACCUUGGGACGCGGAACUCGUUUGCAAGUCGGCGAAGAAAACGGGACGCGUUGUGAUCGCGCACGAGGCACCCCUAACGAACGGAUUCGGGGCGGAAAUAGCAUCGACCAUUCAGGUAAAUAUCUUCUUGCAUCUGGAAGCACCCAUACAAAGGGUGACAGGUUGGGACAGCCCCUUUCCGCACGUCUUCGAGCCGUUCUACCUGCCAGAUAAGUGGCGAUGCUUCGCCGCUGUCAAGAACGUCCUGAACUACUGAAACUGAAACCGAAACCGAAACCGAGACCGAAACUGGGGAUGUUCUACGGAGCUACGGAACACACAGUGGAACACGUCGGAAACCUGUUGCCUAGUUGGACAACGGCCUCGCGAGAUGAACACGCCGAGCAGCGCCAUGCACAAUCGAUUUCUGUCAUUCUGUGUGCAAGCGCGUCGUACACCAACGAAGCGCCGCUUGUCGCUGAACCGGAUCACAGAUCAUUUGACCUCCGCGUCCUCGCAUUUGUCCCGAAAGUUUCCAGACGAAAAUUGCAUUUCACAGGAUCGUCGAGGCUUCUUUGAUCGGAGGGGAGAUCGUCGGGGUUAAAAGUACCGAUUUUGAGAAAACACAAACAUUCACUGAGAAAUAAUGCAGUUAUCUUUUUUUUUAUUCCGUUUCUGACUGAUUUAUCGUGAAAUUUAUUCCACUUCAAGAGUGGACUGUCAACUCGAAUUUAAUAUGUUGCAAUAAGUUUUUUUUACAGAAACUCGGUUGACACGUGUGGCAAUGUAUAAAUAUUGUUAUAUAUGAUAAUAAUAUGUAUAAUAUUAUUAUAAAAAUAUUUGUAAUAUAAAUAUAUCUGAAUAUAUUCAAGUAUUCUAAUAAAUGCUGUUACAACAUGCUCUUCAUAA